AUGGCAGAUAAUAACACACACAGUUAUGGCUGGCAAAGCCGGCCAUCACAUCCUCUUCAUCCUUCCUCGAUGGCUAUGGACCAACAACCGUUUCCCCAACCACAGACUCUCCCACCAUCGACUGGAUACCACGUCGGAUAUCAUACUCCGCAGACCACAACGCAAGGCUUUUAUCAGCCGGGAAUUCCGGCACCUCAAUAUCUUUGCUCGCCACAUCCAGGUCUGCUUCAAAGCCGACAGCAUCCCCGAAGUUCUUCCAUUCCAUAUGCCUUCCCCAGCAGCCACAUUGCAGGCAGCCCACCAACAAUAGCGGAACAGUCGUUCACUUCAUCGCCUCCCUCAUACUUAGUUAACCAUCAAGAGUAUUAUUAUUCUCAGGCUCCUUCGCUAUCGUCAAAUCCAAGCUCUUUAGCAGUGAGCCCUCAGUCACAACAUAUAAUGACACCAGGAACAGUAUACUCGUCUCCCGAUACAGCACCGGCAGGCUCAGACGCAGAUCAACAAGUCCGCGUCAUUAGCUUCCGACCGAAACCGCAGUGCUGGGACCACGGAUGCAACGGCCGUGAAUUUUCAACUUUUAGCAACCUACUCCGUCAUCAAAGGGAGAAGUCAGGCGUGGUUGCCAAGGCAGAAUGCCCCAGCUGUGGUGCCGUAUUUACGCGAACAACUGCUCGAAACAUUCAUGUCUCUCAAGGGAAAUGUAAAGGUGGAGGGAGGGAAACAUCAAGCGAGUGA